AUGGUGCUGGCGUUCGGCGCUGGCACAGCGUCGUCCCAGGAUUCAUCAAAUUCGCUCGUGAGCCGCCGCCUCACCGAGUAUCUAACGCCAGCCGCGUCUGGGACGCAUGACCAGCUUAUCAAGAUCGAGCUGAAUCCGAUCACCGAGGAACCUACUGCUUUCCAGUCAUUUCCUAUGGGAAACAACAGCAAGUCAGGGCUCCAUGGCGUGUGGCCUUCGGAGUUAUACCCCGGCAAGAUGUGGCUAUCGCUGCAGUGGGAAAAUAAGUUGCUGCUCGUGUAUCCAGGACAGAAUCUCUCGGCCGUUCCGUCCAUCAUCAAGACCAUUAAUAUCCCGGAGCCAGGAAACAGCCCACAUUGCAUCUUUGAGAUUGGCAAUCGCGUCUGGGCCGGCCUUAAGGAUGCUUCCGAGCAAACUGGCCAGUACUAUUUCUUCUCAGCAGAUAUCUCUAACUCCACCGACCAGAAGCUGUACCCGUGCCUCAAAAACCCUGUGUUCAUCAAGGAGGAGCCAGCCACCAAGUUAAUCUAUGUCACGCAAGACACAGAGUCGUCCAUCAUGCGCAUCAAUGCUACCAGCGGCAGUUGCCGAUUCCGCCAAACGUCGGCAGCACGCCAGUCGGAAUGA